AACAAUGAGUGCUUGACUUUGUGCACAGCGAUUGCUUGAUAACUUGUUAUUUUAUCGCGUUAAAAAUGUUGAGUUCUCGGUACUACAGUGCUUCACGGCUCGGCACGGAUGCGAAGCCGCGGACUGCGAUGAUAGUGGACGAAGAUGACGAGCUGUACAGCGGGUUCAAUGAUGUGGCGCCUGCACUGGACACCCGCAACCUGCGUGAGGACCAGGCCUUCCAGGAGACGCUGCGGACGGCUGGCAUCGGCAGGAAGGUGCCCAGUCGCAUGGGCACUGGGAUGUUCCGUCUAGGCACAGUGAGCGUGCGCGGGGGCAGCUCUCGCGCGGGCACGGCGGCGGCGCGGCCCGUGACGGCCGUGCGCGCCGCCGGCUACACCAGCCAAGCGCCCAAGACGCCCACCCGCGACGACGCUAAGGAGGACAGCAUCGAAGAUAAGGUAAAACAAAUGGAGGCUCGGAUUAUGACGCUAGUGGAAGAGUCGUGUAUGCUCAGCGCUCAGCCCGAUACGGAUGACGACUCCAAUAUCAAGAGAGACUAUGAUUUAGGACAGGCUUUGGCAAAAGCUCAAGAAGCCUCUGCUCUGGAAAGGCAACUGAUUCGUAUGCAGGAACAGGCCAAUCUUGGGGAUACACACAAUUUGGAUCUUACAUUUGCAGUUCUGUGUAAUCUAGCUGGGCAAUAUGCUCUAAACGAAAUGUACACGGAGGCCCUGAACACAUACCAACUGCUCACCAGAAACAAACUGUUUCCUCACGCGAACCGUCUCAAGGUAAAUAUGGGAAAUAUUUACUUCAAAAUGGGUGAGCACCCAAAAGCGUUAAAACUUUACAGAAUGGCGUUGGAUCAAACACCAACUGCUGAAAAGGAUCUAAGAAUGAAAGUGAUGCACAAUAUUGGCCUUCUACUUGUAAGGAUGGGCAAAUUUCGUGAUGCUGUGACAAAUUUUCAACACAUUAUGCAUGAACAAGGCGACUUUCAAACAGGGCUGCAUCUCGUGCUAUGCUCAGUGGCACUAAACGAUGACGAAGGAGGAAAAGCCGCAUUCCACGCUAUGCUUGAUGUGGAGCCACCUUCCUGUCACCAGGAUAUCUCCAUAGACGACGAAAACGAUGCGUACGAGUGUGUGCUCAGAGACGUGCUCCGCGGCGACAGAUUGUCGCGCUGGUCGCGCCGCGCCGCCGCCGACGCCGAGCGCUGCUUAGCCCUGGCCGCCGCCGCGCUCGUGCGGCCUGCGUCCCGGGAUGACGACUCGGGCGGCAUGUCAUGGUGCGUAGAGGCGCUACGCGGCUACAGCGGCGGCGGCGCGGGCGCGCGCCUCGAGCUGGGCGGCGCGCUGGCGGCGCUGCGGCCCGCGCGGGCCCGUCCCGCAGCAGCUGGGCUUAAAGCGCUGCAGCGGCUGAAAGCUGUGGCGAGAGCGCAUCCUAAUGACCGCGUGCUAAGAGCCGAGGCGAACGCGGACGCUGCCUUUGUGGCGUAUGCGCUCGGCAACUGGUCGGAAGCUCGUCAACUAAGCGAGGCGGCAGCACGAGACGAUCCGUAUUCAUGCGCUGCGCGCGUUUCAGCGGCACUUGGAGCGGCGCGCGAGCGAGACGCCUGGCCCGAAGCCGCGCGGCAACUGGCCGCCGCUACGGCGCGCGAGCGGUUAGCCUGGCCCGAAGCCGCGCGGCAACUGGCCGCCGCUAGUCAUCUAGACCCGGCUGACCUGGUCGCUAUGCACGACCUGGCUCUAGCAUUAGAGAAAAGCGGCGAGCCGACAGCUCUCGAAGCGGCCGAAGCGCGCUGGUCGCGUAUCCGCAGCGCUGCGGGUGCGGGCGCUACGCUUCGUGCACUGGCCGCAGCCGGGCUAGCGCGAGUGGCGCGGGACCGCUCCGACGACCCUUCUGCUGCUGACCACUGGUACAGCAUGGUGGGCGGCUGGGACGCGGGCGUGGCGCGCGCGCAGGCCGCGCUGCACGCCGAGCUGGGUGACGCACAAGCUGCCAAGCACCACUACCAAGACGUGGAGGCGGUGUGGCCUUGCGACACGACCGCGCUGGAGUGGCUGGCGCGCGAGGCGCCGCCCGACGCCGCGUUGCAUUACUACCGCCGCGCGGCGCGCUUGCAGCCUAACAACCCUCGUUGGGGCCUUUUGAUGGGCGGUUGUCUCCGAGCCAACGGGCGCUAUCAGGAAGCGCUUUCUUUGUACAAAAAGAUGAACGCUAAGUUUCCAGAUAAUGUACAGUGUCUUAAGCUAAUUGUGAAGCUGUGCGGUGAUCAAGGGCUUUCUGAAACACACACUUGGACCAAAGAGCUGCAACGCGCGCAAGCGAGGCUCAAACAGCAGGAGCGAGUUUCAAUGACGUCAGCUGGCAGCGGAUCAUCAGGCGCCAGCCACUCUCCAAUAGAUCAAGUCAGAGCGGGAUCUCGCGGCGGCAGCGCUGCGCAGCCGCCCUCUACCGCACACCUUUCCAGCGGAGGUAGCGCCCUCUCGCGCACAUAUUCUGGUGAAACAACUCACGACGGCGGGCCCAUGCUAAACCGUUCUAUAAAUCGCUCGGAACCGCGAAAGAAAAACUUAGACGAAUUUGAUGACGACUUACCUUUACCGCCAGAGUAAAUGUAUUAUGUUUAUAACGCUAAUGGUAACGUGGUUAACCUGUUAAUUUAUAGAAUUAUGUUUAAAAAUAAAAUGUUUUGUAAUCUUAAUGAAUUCGUUUAUUGUUUUAAUAUCAGUUUAGCUUAUUUGUACAUGUAUGUAUCUUUAAAUAAUAUAAUCUAUGUAAAAAGAAAGACAAGAUGUUAAAAUAAAUUUAUUUUGCAAGAAAGAGCGAAAUUAAAAUUCGUCCAUUCUCUUUCACAUAAAUACAUUAUUAUUAUUACCUAUUUAUUUUAGAUUCUUAGACUAGAACACAAAAUAUACUGAAAAAGGAAAACUUGUCUUAAUGACUUUUCAAAACCAUUUGAUUCAAUCCGUACAUAUUUACAUUAGUUUAAUAUCACAUCAUAAUUAUUUACACUAAAUAUUGCACCUUGCAAAACUUUACCGGUAGAUAAAUCUAAAUUCUGUAUAAAAUAUGCUAAAAUGUAUAAAUCAUUUGAAGGCGUAUGUUUUAAUGUUAACAUAAUAUCGUGUAUAAUAUCGUGUAUUAUACGUGUCAUAAUAACAUAAUUCUAUUACAUAUUUCAAAUGCCAAUUUAAAUUGUAAUGCUUCAAAAAUACGGCACUUGAUACUAACAAGAACAUUGUUUCUAGUCAAACUUAACUCGAUAAACGACGUUUGGUCUACCAGUUCAAUGCAAGUUCAUAAAGAGGUAACACCCAUCUAACCAACAUAAAACUAUACUAAAGCCUGAAAGCUUAUAAAAUAAGGAUUAGCACAUUUGAAUGGACAGUAGUUCGCUCUAAGUUUACAAAUAAAUAGGUUUUUCUGAUUAUGUAGUUAUUAAUAUAAUAUUUGUAUAUAAAAUUCAGAAUAAAUGAAUGAACUACACUUAUUAGAACCUGACUGUAAUCAUUUAAGAGAUUUCUUACAUUCAGUCAAUGAAAUAAAACACGUAGAAUUGCCGACUAUAAAUCUUCAAACAAUUUUUGAAUACCAUUCUUUAUAAUAAAUUAACCAUUUCCCAAAUUGGUCUAUAGUAUCGUUUUGACAGCUUAUUAAAUAGAUAUCGGCAGUUCGGAGGUGUCACUGUGAAAUAGGUACCCUAAUAUCAUAAUU